ACCUGACCAGUGAAAACUAGUUCUCGCCAGAGAUAAUAGAAGAUUACCCUGUGCAACACAGCUGUGUUGUGGUCGCACGUGCAACGUUUCAGUCAGAGGCAUUCUCAAAGAACUUCAACAGACAACGGCACCAUGAGCAAAAGGAAAUCCAAAGAAAGCCAUAUGACAGUUGGGCAGUGUGUCUCCCAGGCGCAAAGCAUUUUGAGGAAGAGAUUUUGUCACCAAGAGUUGGCUACCUCCCCAGUGGGCCUGGAGUCUCAGCACAAGCACUUGCUGGAGCUGCUGAGGAGGACGGCUGUUCAUGGAGAGAGUAACUCGGUACUCAUCGUGGGACCCAGGGGGACCGGCAAGACAAUGUUAUUGAAUUAUGUGCUGAAGGAGCUACUGCAAGAGCAGGAUGUCAAGAGUAACAUCAUGAUGGUCAAUUUGAAUGGUUUGCUGCAGACAGAUGAUAGGAUUGCUCUUAAAGAGAUCACCAGGCAGCUGAACUUGGAGAAUGUCGUCGGGGACAAAGUCUUUGGCAGUUUUGCUGAGAACCUUGCGUUUCUUCUGGAAGCAUUGAAAAAAGGGGACCGCAGUAGCAGUCGGCCGGUGAUCUUCGUGCUGGAUGAGUUUGACCUGUUUGCUCACCACAAGAACCAGACGCUGCUCUACAACCUGCUGGACGUCUCCCAGUCGGCCCAGGCCCCUGUCUCUGUGGUGGGCCUCACCUGUAGGCUGGAUGUGUUGGAGCUGCUGGAGAAGCGUGUGAAGUCUCGGUUCUCCCAUCGCCAGAUCCACCUGCUGGGCUCCAUGACCUUGGCCCAGUACCUGGAGACGGCUGCCUCCCAGCUCAGCCUGCCCACCGACUUCCCCGACGCCAAGUUCGCCAACGACUGGAACGAUGCCGUGAAGAAACUGUGUGAGGACAAGUCAGUGGAGGGAGUCCUACGAAAACACUUUGAAGGCAGCAAGGACUUCCGCUCUCUACACACCCUACUGCUGCUGGCGUUGAGUCGUGUGAGUGUGUCGAGUCCUGUCAUCAGGCCGGCUGACCUGCUGGAGUCUGGACGCUGCACUGCUGCCGACUCCAAGGCAAACAUACUGCACGGUGUGUCUAUUCUGGAGCUGUGUCUCAUCAUUGCCAUGAAGCACCUGAAUGACGUCUACGAGGGCGAACCCUUUAACUUCCAGAUGGUCCACAAUGUUCAGAAUAUAUUGCUACAAAUAAGCAAGAUGACUUCAAACAAGCCUAAUGAAAGUGAAAGCGAAAGCCCAACUGAAUUCAAGAAGUUUAUCAGCAGAAAGUCCCAUUCCAUCCAUAAUUUUGAGAAGCCUGUUGUCAUCAAGGCCUUUGAGCAUCUCCAGCAGUUGGAGCUGAUUCGUCCCGUGGAGUCGUCCAGUGCCAAGAUCCAGAAGGACUACCAGCUGAUGAAGCUACUGCUCGACCACACGCAGGUGCUGGAGGCCGUCCAGAGGUACCCACAAUGCCCCACGGACGUCAGGCAGUGGGCCACCUCCGCCUUCGCAUGAUAGGAGCCCACCGCCCAACGGACACACAGAGGGUUGCAAGUAAAGGGAGGCCAAAUCACCCCACGCUGGUUUUCUAAGCUGUGCAACACGUUUCGUUGUUCACCAAAUAAACUACAAGCAAAGAA